UCGCGCAAUGUGCGUUCAGUCGUGACUUAACAAUGGAUCGAAUCACAGUGUUUUUAUUACAGCUCAUCGUUGUUGCCAUUGGUAGCGUGAAUUCGGCGAAUGUGCCAACGCCACAAUCACCAUCACCAAUUUACCAAGCUUCAGUACAAAAUUCUUCAAAAAGCCAUAUUUGCAAUGGCAUAAUCUUGCAUCGGAAUUGGAUUUUGACUGCGGCGCAAUGUGUAUCAAAUCAAAAUGCGAGCAAAUUGAAAGUGUUUUAUGGCUCAAAUCGUCUAAAUCACAACGGAUCGUAUGUUGAUGUGAAGCAAAUUAACAUUCAUCCCGGUUUCAAUAGGACCAUCAUUCGAAGUGAUAUAGCACUGCUUCUAGUGUCAGACAUUACAUUCAUUGCAAAUGUCAGUGGAGCAAUUAAUUUGCCAGAACAUGAUGUUCCAAUAAAUCAACAGUUAACUGCAAGUGGGUGGAAUGUGAGUGCAAGUACAGCAAACCAAUCAGAAUGGAUACAGCAUCGCAAUUUGGAAACGAUUUCACCGAUCGAAUGCCGGAAAUUGAAUCCAUUGCUAAACCACAUCAUUCGCACAUGGUUGAUUUGUUCGGUCGACACAAUUAGCAAUCGGGCAAACAUUUGCGAUGCAGGUGAUUUAGGGAGUGCAUUAAAGAAAGAUAACACUCUGUACGGAAUUCGCACAAUGAAUGAGGAAACAUGUAGCAAAUCGUCUCUCAACAUUUUUACGAAUGUUUUCCCACAAUUGGAGUGGAUUCGAUUCAUCAUGACGGGUUGGCCUUGGUGAAAAACUCACUAUUCCAUCAAAUCAAACACCAUGUAAUUGAUUAGGAACAUCAAAAUAAUGUUAUUGAAUUGGUGAAGCGGAAAGAAAUUGAUUUCAUCAGAAUUGAUUUAGUACUCGAAACACAAACAAAUAAUAAAAAGAGAACAUUUUUCGUAUGAAUCAGAUAAACAGACAAAAGUGGUAUA